AUGUAGGUCGUGUCUGUUUGUACAUUUUAAUCCUAACAACGAAUGUGCAACAUAUAAAUGCAUUCUUGUAAUUUUAAUUCAACGAAGUGUGACUUUAUUACUAAAUUUAUCGUGAAAAAUUCAAAUGACAGUAGAACAUAGAAAUGUGGUUAGUGGCAUGUCUCACAGUCGUGACAUUCAGAAAACUUGACCGGAAUUUGCGCAGCAGGCGGAGGCUGGGCGGAUCCUUUCAACAAAGGACCAAACGGAGACUCACCUUGGAUAAAUCCACUGUAACCUGGCGCCACCACGCGUCUGGGUUGGGUAUUGCAUGUUUUAACAAAGUUUAAAGCGAGCCGACCCAAAAAUGCAGGGCGAAAACUUGGAAAGCAAAAGCACUUUUUUCUUGGAAAUUAUUUGAAAUGCCGAAUAAUUUAAAGCAUUACGAGUACACCAACAAUAAAAAUGUCUUGUAAGAAACACAAAAGUAAUUUUAAAAAAGGAGAACAUGAUAUUAUCAAGUAUCUUUUGACUUUGUGAAAUAAUUUUACUUUAGAGUAUGAGCUCUGACAGAAUUCUAUAACUGCAAAGAUUCAUAACCAGUGUAGUUUAAUGUCUGACCCUUUCCUGUCUGGGGAAGGUAAUGCUGCCUGCAGCAAUGACACCAUGGCAACCGCUGGACGCAUGUCAGUCCCCCAGGACCUCACGCAGAGCUGACUGCAUGUGUUUCACAGCGGCUUCCAUCCGGCAACGAGCACCACACCAACGGUAAAAUGAGGCCCAACACAGAUCCAGAGGGGCAGCGGGGACAGAGGAUGAUUUUCACCGGUCCAGAUGGGGUCGGAGACUACCGGCCAAAGCUGACUGAUUUUCCUCAUCACAUCGGUGUGGGCCCUGUCUCCCAUGAGGCUACGGGUGACCUGGGUUAUCUGUGGCGGGCUGCGCCGCACGCCCCUCCAACCACAGCCCGGCACAGCUAUAUAGGAGAGGUGGGCUGGGGGUGGCAGUACAACCAGCAGCUGAAUCAAAGCACGCUGCUCAGCAACAUGCAGAUCAAGAAAACAGAGCUGCGUGCAUCCUUGGAGGUAUCAGCCUCCCAGAAGUUUUAAAGAGUAAGACAGAAUUAGUUUCACCUCCUUUGAGGGCUGUGCUGAUGAUGGAGACAUGAGAAGCUUCGAGUGACUGCAGCGUAACCCAUCUGCUUGCACAUCCAUAAUGCAACACCUGCUUGGGGCAGGAACACACAGAGCCUGCAUCUGUGGUCAUGAAAUCUGCUUGACACACACAUGCAGCCGACACAAACAGGCUGCUAACCUGAGCAAACCCCCUGAAAAAACCCCUGUGCUGGAGCUUUUCACCAACAACCCCCCCUCACUAUGCCCUGGUUGUUGGUCUGUGUUCAGUUUUGUCACACAGUGUUCAGGUAAAUCAAAAGUCAGACAGGUUCAGCUUCCAAUCCAGUACAGAGCAUUGGCACGACAAUCAUGAGGAUUGUUGGCAACAUCCAUGCUGUUUAGAGCUAACAUGAACCCUCUAACUGUAUGUGUCCAACAUGAAUCAGCUGAGUUUGUCCAGCACUAUUUAGCACUGGUUAGACAUUAUUAGACACAGGUGGUUAGACACCUAAUGAGCUUUUACAGCCCCCCCCCCAGCCCAAACAUGUGAUAUGGCUUGAGGUUUACACUAGAUACCCUUUCUGACCCAACACUGCAUUUACCUGGGUUUGGGCCUAAACGUGGAAGCACUGGAAAGCGCCCCCAUGUGGUUGUAGUGACUUACAGCACUAGUGGUCCAAGGCAGUCUCCCUUCCAUGGACUACCUGACCUGACCUGGAUGGAGCAUGUGCUGUGCACUAGAAAUGGCUAUUUACAUGUAAACUAUUAAAUAUUAUUUUGUUAAUUUGAGCCCACCUGGUUGGAAUUAUUAAGUGUUUUUUUUCAUAGCCUGGCCUUUAACUCAGGAUUUAGCCAUGAUGCUGGUAUUGUUAAGCAUUAUUCAACCCGUUUCAGUUUUUCUGAAACAUUCUAAGCAUCAACAACACCUUUCCUGACAUUUAGUCAGAUAUAUUGUUGCUCUCUUGCUAUUUUACCAGAUCAUCCUUGAAAGGCUUUUUUCCAUGAAAAACAUGAGGAAAUGUGAACUAAAGUCAUUUGAGUUACAGGUACACUGCUAAAAGGAAAGUAUUCACCUUCAGAAGCUGCUGUGUCCUGAGCAGGUCACAGGGGGGGCAGUCCCACUGAUGUCAUGGCCAAGGGCCAUUGCAGGGUCAACCUUAAAAAUAUAAGGCAAAAUAAAACGAGAAAUAAAAUCAUUUUAAGUCCUUAUUAUAUUUUCAUACAAAAUAAAAAGUUUUGUCAAACUGAUUAAAAAGAAAUUUAAAGCUGCAUAUUCAUAUAGUAUUAUUUAAAAGAGUAACAUUUUCUAACCUUUAGAACAAAUCUGUAAUGUGUCACUUUUUGUUUGUGUAUUCUUUACAACAAAUGUGGUCUUUAGGGACAGAGAGGGCUAACUUUAACCAGUAUUGUGUACUGUAAACACACCCUACUGCAUAUAUAUAUAUAUUGUAUGUGUGUCAGUUACCAUGGGGAAGAAACCCAUUACAAAAAAAUCAAAAAUGAAAGGAUGUCUGCCUUUUUAGAUUCACUCAAAUAUUUCUGGUGAAACAAUCAUUUUCCAACUUUCAAAAAGUUCCUUUCUGUAUGGAAGUGAU